CGUCAGCGCGACGCUUCCCAUCAUGGCGGCGGCGGAGGGCCGUGAGGAGGAGAUGAGCGGCAAUGGGGAGCAGGAGGAGUCUCCAGCCAUGGAGACGUCUGAGGAUCCGGCGCCGCCUCCAGUUGAGACGACAGAAGAAAACGGCAGCGCUGCAGUGGCGCUCGAUGCUCCCGAAGACCCCGACCCUGCCGCUUUCACCAUGCCUGCUGCUCCAGAGGACGGGGACGGCGACGGCGAAGUUCCUGCAGACUUUGAGCGGCUGUGGAAAGCUGCUCACGACAAUGCUCAGAACUUCUCCAGCUGGACUGAUCUGCUGCAGUACUGCGAGCACGAGACUCACUUGGCAUCGUCACGCAGGGCGCUCAGAGCCUUUCUCCUUCGCUAUCCGCUGUGUUACGGUUACUGGAAGAAAUUUGUAGAUCUGGAACGCCGCUCUGGGAGCAACGACAAAGCAGAGGAGGUGUGUGUUCAGGGUCUCCAGGCCAUCCCUCUGAGUGUAGAUCUGUGGAUCCACUACAUCAACCUGCUGCUGGGGACGCUGGACAUGAACCUGCCUCAGUCGCCCUCACAGAUUCGAGGUGUGUUCGAGGACGCUGUUGGAGCGGCGGGCCUGGACUUCCACUCAGACCGGCUUUGGGAUCUGUAUGUGGAGUGGGAGAAGGAGCAGGGCAACAUGAAGAACGCGACGGCCGUCCUGGACCGAGUCCUCAAGGUCCCGACCCAGCUCUACAACACUCACUACGACAAAUUCAAGGAGCACCUGAACAGCCACGAGCCUAAAGAGGUGCUCUGCCCGGAGGAGUACGAGGAGCUGAGGGCUUUUUGUCGGCAGAGCCAGAAAGCAGAGCGAGCGGAGCAGGCCCAGGAGGAGGAGGAGGAGCGGCCGCCGGGGGAGGAGGAGCCCGCCACCCCCGAGGGGACAGACACGGAGGAGCUGAUGCAGAAGAUUCGGGAGCAGGUCCUGGUUCGCAGGGACAAGGUUUACCAGGACAAUGAAGCAGAAGUCCGGAAGCGGUGGCACUUUGAAGACGCCAUCAAGCGGCCGUACUUCCACGUCAAGCCGCUGGACCGCCUCCAGCUCCGAGCCUGGCACUCCUACCUGGACUGGGAGAUGGCGCAGCUCAACCCAGAAGCCAGAGAGGCCACCGCCGCCGCCGCUGCAGCUGCAGCUGCAGCUGAAGCUGCAGCUGAAGCUGCAGCUGAAGCUGACUCCCCAAAAGACUCGAGCCAGGCGGCCACAGAGGAGCCAGAAGCUGCGGCCCGGCCCGGAGAGGCUGCGGUUUCCCGCGAUGACCACCGAGUUCGCAUCCUGUUUGAGCGCUGCCUGAUCGCCUGUGCGCUGUACGAAGAGUUCUGGACCAGAUACAUUCACUACCUGGAGGCGCGAAGUGUGGAUGAAGCCCGGGCGGCUUACAGGCGAGCCUGUCAGAUCCACCUGCCUUCCAAACCCAACCUCCACAUGCAGUGGGCCACGUUUGAGGAGAGGAACGGUGACUUAACCGAAUCCCGGCGAGUGCUGGAAGUCCUGGAGAAGAACCUCCCCGGUCUGGUGAUCGUGCGUCUCCGCAGGGCGGCGCUGGAGCGGCGGGCGGGGCAGCUGGACCAGUCGGAGGCGCUGCUGACCGAUGCGGUCGCCCAAUCCAAGGAGAAGCCCACGUUACACGCCUUCUACUCCAUCAAGCUGGCGCGCCUGCUGCUGAAGCUGGGCAGGGACCCCAGCAGAGCUCGCAGAGUUUUACAGGACGCUCUGGAAAUCAGUCCGGAGAACGAUAAACUCUACAUGAACCUGCUGGAGCUGGAGGUCUCCGGAGACCCCCGGGCCGCCGCUGAGGGAGUGCAGGAGUGUGUGACGAGGGCCCUCGCCGCUCCGCUCGCCUCACACUUCAAGAUCCUCUUCUCAGAGAGAGGCCUGCAGUUUGCAGAGGAGUACAACAGCUCCAUCCAGAGCGUGCUGUCGGUCUACGAGGGCCACCAGAAGCUCCUGAAGGAGCUGGGAGGGACAAAGAGAGAAGCUGAGAACGGGGACGAGGAGCCAGAGAAGCAGAGCAAACCUGAAGAGAGCAAAACCGAAGAGCCCGUGUCCGCAGCACAAGCCACGCCCACCACGCCGCACGUCCCCAUCACCACGCCGCCGCCGCCCGUGGUUGGCGCCGACGCGAGCGCGCAGACCGGAUACACAGGAUACAGCAGCUGGUACCAGCAACCGCAUUACGGCAGCUACGGCUAUCAGAGCUCCUGGAACUACAACCAGGGCUACUAUCCUCCCAGCUGAGGGACAGCAGCAGCAGCUGAACAACAAACUGAAGUGCCCGGAGCCUGGAACGUACCCCGGCGUCUCCCCUCGCUCCCUGCUCGGAGUCGGCGUCAGCGAGGAGCCGAUGAACUGAUUGAAAACACCAGUCGACUCAAAAAGGAACAGGAAGGACGACGCAGAAGACAGCGAAUCAGCUCUUUUGAUCAGAACUAUUUUUCUAUCCGUCGACAAGCAAAACCCACUUCAUUCACAUUUUGAAGUCAUCCAGUUUUACAGAUGUGCAUUUUUGUACCAUUCCACAGCAUAGGUUUGUUUUUUUUAAUGUAUAUAAAGGUGUUUUAUAGUGUGUCGCAGCGCUGUUCUGAUUAUACUCCCAUGAGGUGGCGUCACAUUCAGCUGUAACGAGGAGGGUGAUCGCAUCUGGUUUUUGUUCUUCACACCCAGGAGGAAAAAGACAAGCAUCUCAUUUGUACAAAAUAAAUUACUUUAUGUUGACAUGUCAAUAUAAACUCAUGUUUGUGGGUUUGUUUGUUCUUUUUAAUUCAAGUUUGCAGGUUGUCCUAAAUGGCCACAGCUUCUAGUCCAGUCUGCUGCUGCUGGAAGUUUCCUCCUUUUUCAUGACUGAUGUUCCUCUCCAGUCACUGUGUUUGUUCAUGUUGGACUAUAAAAAGUAUAUUUUCAUGUUAAAAGUGACAUGAGCUUGUGGAUUUUACCUGUAAGACACUUGAACCAAAGCAAUCAUUUCUGCUGGAACUGUUGACUGAAUACCAUCAGAAAUACAACAAGA